UUGCACCUGCCUGCAUCUCCCAACUCCUCCGCCCCGUGCAACUGCCGGCAGCCAAGUGCCAUUAAAGCUGGCAACCAGGAGGAUGCCUCACCUGGGUCCCCUCUGCUGGGAGAGGCAGGGCAAGCCAGAGGAGAAUUCCCAGUGAAGGACUCAGAACUCUGCGAUUUCUCUUCUGUCACAGGCUGCGGAGCAUCCAAGGAACUGCUCCACGUGAGGUGUGUCCAGGGCAGGAGGAUGGGAGACAAGGAUUGAGAGUCACCGAAAUGGACAGAGGCAGCUGGCAUCUCAUUGGAAUUUUUAGAAGAUUGCUAUUUAAUGCCAUUCAAGUCCUGCCGAGCAUCAUUUCUGCAUGAAGACCACAAAAGGAUUACUUUACAGAAGCUGCUGCCAUUUUGAAGAGUGUGAUUUUGACUGUGAUUCAGAAAACAGGAUUUUUGUCAAUGAGGAAACAUCAGUGGUAAUCACCACUCUGGGAUCCAGAAGAGUCCAGUGACCAAGCAUGGCUUUCUCUUGGAGACUAAUUUUGUUCCUGUCUGUCACCAGGUGUCUUUCAGAAUACUCUGAAGCUCUCUCUGGCCUUUCCACGUCAUAUGCUGCUUUGCUAAGAAUUAAGAAAAGUUCAACCUCAUCUGCCUUUGGUUCCAAGUCCAGACCACGGUACAGCAGUCCUUCGUUAGGUACCCUGAGUGUUUCUCCACCUAGCUGGAGAGGGGCAGCUCAGCAGUACCACUCCCCGGUCAACCUUUAUCACUCCUCAGAUGCCUUUAGACAAGAUGAAAGUGUGGAUUAUGGGCCAGUAUUUAUGCAAGAACCUGAUGAUGUCAUUUUUCCAACGGAUUCCGAUGAAAAGAAGGUAGCCCUCAAUUGUGAAGUUCGUGGCAACCCAUCUCCUACUUACAGAUGGCUUCGGAAUGGAACAGAAAUCGAUCUGGAAAGUGACUAUCGCUACAGUCUGAUAGAUGGCACCUUCAUCAUCAGCAACCCAAGUGAACUCAGGGAUUCUGGGCUGUACCAGUGCUUAGCCACCAACACGUUUGGAAGUAUUCUGAGUCGAGAAGCCACACUGCAGUUUGCAUAUCUGGGAAACUUUAGUGGCCGGACGAGAAGUGCAGUCUCGGUGCGGGAAGGCCAGGGGGUUGUUCUGAUGUGCUCUCCGCCACCUCAUUCUCCAGAGAUCAUCUAUAGCUGGGUCUUCAAUGAGUUCCCUUCCUUCGUGGCAGAGGACAGCCGGCGGUUCAUAUCUCAAGAGACAGGCAACCUCUAUAUUUCUAAAGUGCAAACAUCAGAUGUUGGGAGCUACAUUUGUCUGGUGAAAAAUGCUGUGACGAACGCUCGCGUGCUCAGUCCUCCAACCCCGCUCACGCUGCGAAAUGAUGGUGUGAUGGGAGAAUAUGAGCCAAAAAUUGAGGUCCAUUUUCCCUUCACGGUCACAGCUGCUAAGGGCACAACUGUGAAGAUGGAAUGCUUUGCACUUGGCAACCCUGUUCCAACAAUCACUUGGAUGAAGGUUAACGGUUACAUUCCCAGUAAGUCCAGACUGAGGAAAUCCCAGGCAGUGCUGGAGAUCCCCAACCUGCAGCUGGAAGAUGCCGGGAUAUACGAAUGCACAGCUGAAAACUCCCGUGGGAAAAACUCUUUUCGUGGACAGCUACAAAUAUACACGUACCCACACUGGGUACAGAAACUGAAUGAUACCCAGCUGGACAGCGGGAGUCCUCUGCAGUGGGAAUGCAAGGCUACUGGAAAACCCAGACCCACAUACCGCUGGCUGAAGAAUGGAGCACCCCUCAUGCCACAGAGCAGAGUGGACACAGUUAAUGGAGUAUUGGCGAUCCAUAGUGUGAAUCAAUCAGAUGCUGGGAUGUAUCAGUGUUUGGCUGAGAAUAAAUAUGGAGCAAUUUAUGCCAGUGCCGAGCUGAAGAUUCUAGCCUCACCACCCUCCUUUGAACCGAAUCAAGUGAAGAAAUCAAUCAUUGUUACCAAAGACCGGGAAGUGCUCAUAGAGUGCAAACCCCAGGGCUCUCCAAAGCCAGCCAUCUCCUGGAGGAAGGGAGACAAGGCAGUGAGAGGGAACAAGAGAAUAGCUAUUCUUCCAGACGGAAGCCUGCGGAUCCUAAAUGCUUCUAAAGCAGAUGAGGGAAAGUACGUUUGCCAAGGGGUAAACAUCUUUGGUUCUGCGGAGAUUAUAGCUACUCUGUCUGUCAAAGAACCCACAAGGAUAGAGCUUACUCCUAAAAGAACAGAGUUAACUGUUGGAGAGAGCAUUGUCCUCAGCUGCAAAGCCAUCCAUGACUCUAGUUUGGAUGUCACUUUCUACUGGACACUAAAAGGACAACCUAUAGAUUUUGAGAAAGAAGGUGGACAUUUUGAAAGCAUCAGGGCUCAAGCAUCCUCUGCAGAUUUAAUGAUCAGGAACAUCCUUCUGAUGCAUGCUGGGAGAUAUGGCUGCAGGGUACAGACCACAGCAGACAGUGUGUCAGAUGAGGCAGAACUUCUUGUUAGGGGUCCCCCGGGGCCACCUGGAGUGGUCAUAGUGGAGGAGAUUACAGAAAGCACAGCCACCCUCUCAUGGAGUCCAGCCACUGACAACCACAGCCCCAUCUCUUCCUACAACCUUCAGGCUCGCAGCCCCUUCUCCCUGGGCUGGCAAACAGUGAGGACAGUCCCAGAAGUCAUCACAGGAGACAUGGAGUCAGCGAUGGCUGUGGACCUUAGUCCCUGGGUAGAAUAUGAAUUCCGAGUGGUGGCCAGCAAUCCCAUUGGGACAGGGGAUCCAAGCAUUCCAUCUCGAAUGAUCCGCACAAACGAGGCAGUUCCAAAGACGGCACCUAGCAACGUGAGUGGAAGAAGCGGAAGAAGGCACGAGUUGGUCAUUGCCUGGGAGCCAGUAUCAGAAGAGUUUCAGAACGGGGAAGGCUUCGGCUACAUAGUGGCAUUCAGACCCAAUGGAACACGAGGCUGGAAGGAGAAAAUGGUUACGUCUUCUGAGGCUUCCAAGUUCAUUUAUCGAGAUGAAAGUGUCCCACCUCUCACACCCUUUGAAGUCAAAGUUGGUGUUUAUAAUAAUAAAGGUGAUGGACCUUUCAGCCAGAUUGUAGUCAUCUGUUCAGCUGAAGGAGAACCUACUGCUGCUCCCACUGAUGUCACAGCGACCAGUGUGUCGGUGUCAGAGAUUUUUGUUGUAUGGAAACAUGUUAAGGAGAGUCUCGGAAGGCCACAGGGUUUUGAGAUUGGUUACUGGAAAGAUACGGAGCCCGAAGACUCUGCAGAAACAGUCAGAACCAGGGGGAAUGAGUCAUUCGUCAUGUUGACGGGAUUGGAAGGCGACACACUCUAUCACCUCACAGUCAGGGCUUACAAUGGAGCCGGAUAUGGGCCACCCAGCAGGGAAGUGAGCGCCACCACAAAGAGGCACCCCCCUAGCGAGCCACCUGGCAACCUCCGGUGGGAGCAGCAGGGUUCCCAGGUUUCCCUAGGCUGGGAGCCAGUCAGACCCCUAGCCAACGAGUCUGAAGUCAUGGGUUACAAGGUUUUUUAUAGGCAAGAGGGUCACAGCAAAAGUCAAGUUAUUGAGACACAGAAACCUCAAGCUGUAGUGCCUCUCCCUGAGGCUGGAGUCUACAUUAUUGAAGUUCGAGCGUACAGUGAAGGAGGGGAUGGAACAGCUAGCUCCCAAAUCAGGGUACCUUCAUAUUCAGGUGGGAAAAUCACGAGUGCUCAGUCAACCCUGCACUCUCUCUCCAAGUGCUCCUCAGUAACACUGCUCUUGGCUUUGAUGCUUCCUUCCAGUUCCUGGUGAAAGCUGCUCAUGCAGUGUGCUUUUCUUUGCUUUAGCUUGAGAAAGCGGCAGCAGACAGAACGCAGAAUGAAUGGAGACCGGGGUCCUGAGAAAAGCUUUGAAUACACGGGACUACAGACGGUGCACUCUCAGGAGUUUAGGGGGAGAAUAUGAGUUACCCAUCAGGUUUCUCUUUGGAUUUUGUAAAUGAAGAGGACAGUUCUUGGUCCAAUAAAAAUAUGCAGAUUGUAUGUAAUGAAA